AUGCCGACGACGUCUGAGGAGAUGAACUCGAUGGCCACGGCCACAUCUGUGGUUGUGCACCCAUUGGUACUCCUCUCUGUGACGGACCAUGCAUCUCGUGUAUCUAUUAGCGCUCGGAAACGCGUAGUAGGUGUGCUGCUUGGCCAAGACAAUGGCAAGUCUGUGAAUGUGGCCAACAGCUUUGCUGUGCCAUUUGAGGAGGACGAGCACGAUGCCAAGACACUUUUCCUUGACCAUGACUAUAUUGAAAACAUGAUGGAGAUGUUCAAGAAAGUGAACGCUCGCGAAAAGAUGGUAGGUUGGUACCACACAGGUCCCAAGCUGCGUUCCUCUGAUCUGGAAAUCAACGAGUUGAUGAAGCGCUUUACGCCCAACCCUGUUAUGGUGAUUAUUGACCCACGCCGCGACGAUGUUGGUAUCCCCACAGAUGCUUACCUGGCCGUCGAGGAGAUCAAGGAUGACGGCACAGCGACUCAAAAGACGUUCAUGCACAUUCUCACGAUGAUUGAGGCGGAAGAAGCAGAGGAAGUGGGUGUAGAGCACCUGCUCCGCGAUAUCCACGACACAACGACCUUGGGCUCUCUUUCGGACCGCGUAUCGCAGCAGCUUGCAUCACUCAAAGGUCUUCAUCGACGCCUGGUGGAUAUCCGUGACUACCUGGCCGCUGUUCUUCGUGGCGAAUUACCCGUGAACCAUGAGAUUGUGUACGAGCUGCAGAAUGUGUUCAAUUACCUCCCUGACUUGGAAAAGCCCGAAACGGUGCGCAGCUUCCGUGUAGCAAACAACGAUCGUUUGCUCAUUGUAUACCUCAGCAGCUUGAUCCGGUCGGUGAUUGCGCUGCAUGCGCUUGUGAACAACCGCCUUGAAAUGGCGCGUGGCGAACACAGUGGUACGGACGCCCAGGAGACCAAGAAAGAUACACCGGACGAAAACAAGAAGGAGGCAGAUUCUUCGAAGUCUACGACAUCAAAGCCAUAG